UCCAGUGGUCUCUAGCACGCCUCAACUGGCCUUAGGCCGACUUUCUGCAGGAGCCCCAAUAGCACCUGAAUUUCGCCCUUUGGAAUUUGUUGUUCCCUGACUGCCUGGAGAAGCGCACGAUUUCCUGUCAGGGCUGCGCAGAGGAUCCAUUGCGAGGAUCCUCGCUGCAGUGUGGACAUACAGAGAAAGCGCGGGCCGCCCACCCGGUCCGUCGCCUUCCUUAAAAGUUGGGGCAGUUCUUUUGUGGCAGUGUUAAGCCUUCCUGCCUUGUGCAAACCCACCAGGGUGGGGAGGGGGGCUUUCUUUUCCUGCGACGCCAACUAUAAGCUCUCAGGGAGGAUGGGCCCGGAAAGCGGCCGCGCAGUCGACGCGGCUCCCGGACAGGAAAAGAGCGUCUUCUUUGCUAAAAAAUACAGAGUCCCCUACAGGCUCGAAAAACAGGCGCCUUUCCUAUUUCUACACUUCCAGUUUGCAGAGCGGCGGAAGGAUUAACGAGGGGAAGAUUCAAGGAAGAGGGCGGCGCCUCUGCUCUGCAUUCGCCCUGUGACGAAAGAGGGGGCUGAAUGCUGCAAGCGCACGUAGCUAGUCCUCAGGAGGGUCGAGGAGGAGCGACCAUGCCUGGCGCACAGGCACCGUUUGGUCGCUUCUCUGAGGGGGCGCUUGGCUUUUGCCACCCUCUUGGGCGGAACUAGUUGGCCACGGGACAGUGGGGGGUGGGAGGAAGCCCUACAUUGUUCGUUAGAGGGGAGGGGUCUCUGCCUAGGCAGCUUCUGCCCCUCCCCUUGCUCAGUGGUCGCGUCGGGUGCCUGCUUUGCAUCCAGGUGCGUCCAGGUAGGGCAGCGCGAGGCACCUGCUCCGUCGGACUCCUCGCUGGUCCUCGAAGGUGUGCGGGUGGCAGUGGGUGGGCGAGGCAUAAGCUAGGAAACGUCUGGCUUGGAGGGACGCCUUCUCCCCGCCUCUGCCACAGAGUCUCUGCUUGCGGCCAUGGUCACCUCCUCUUCACUUUUCUCCCUUCUGUCAUGGGACGCAGAGCCCGGGAAGGAAUAUAGGAAACAACCCAAGGACAAGAGCACAAUGCUUCAUGGUCACCUAUUAUUUCUCAUUGGACUGACAUUUGCAUACAGAGGAAUAAAUGCAGAUCCUCGGUGUGCCGUAACAGGCAGGCUUGUGAAAUAUGACUGGUGCAACUUCACACAGGUUCCCCCUCUGCCUGACGGCAUUGUUUUACUCUCCCUAAAUUUCAAUUUCAUCCAGCAAGUGAAUGCCACAUCCUUCCCACUGCUGGAGACAUUGACGGUUCUGUCACUUGGAAGCCAGCUGGUCUCUCCUGUCACAGUAGGAAAGAAUGCUUUUAGGAAUUUGCCAAAUCUUCAUCAACUGGAUUUAGCUUACAAUAGAAUGAUUGUGCUGGAUCCACAGGCUUUCAGGGGGCUGGGGAAGUUAAGUAACCUUCUGCUAUACUAUAAUGAUCUUAACGAAUCCAUUCUGGAAAAGGAUUACUUUAAAGAUUUGGUCUCUCUGGAAUACCUGGACCUUGCAUUCAAUAAGAUCACUAGGCUUCACCCUCACCCUUCAUUGAGCAACAUGCAAAAGUUAACACUUCUGAACUUGAAAUUAAACCGCAUUGAAACCAUAUGUGAGGGAGAUCUCUACAGCUUUCAAGGAAAAGCUUUCACAUUGUUGAAUCUUAAUUCUAAUGGUUUGUAAAGGAGAUUUCAAGACUGGGCAACUUGUGGCAAUCCUUUCAAAAACAUUGUCUUCGAUACGCUGGAUGUUGGUGGCAAUGGCUGGGGUAUAAGAACAACCCAGCAAUUCUGUGCAGCUAUUCAGGGAACACCACUUGUGGGUUUGAAGAUGUCGUCUCACACCAUGGGCUCAUCAUUUGGCUUUAAUAACAUGCCAGACCCAAACAACAAUACAUUUGCAGGUCUUGCCCAGAGUGGCCUUCGCCUGCUUAAUAUUUCACAUGGCUUUAUCUUUUCUCUUAACCCACGUGUAUUUCAAUAUCUUGGUGAUCUGGAAUUGCUGGAUCUCAACUCAAAUAACAUAAAUAAAAUUCAAAAAGAAGCAUUCUUUGGUCUCUGGAGCCUACAACACCUAGACCUGUCGUACAAUCUGCUGGGAGAACUCUUGGAUUACACUUUUGAAGGUCUUCUAAAUGUGCGUAUUAUAGCUCUGCAACACAAUCAUAUUGGGGUGAUUGAUAGGGCUCCAUUUAAAGGCCUGUCAAGCCUUCACACUGUGGACCUCAGCGACAAUGCUCUAAAAGUAAUCUUAACACUCCCAAGUCUCAGCUAUGCUUUUUUAGGUAGCAACCGGAUACAGUCUGGAGACCACAGCAAAAUCGUGGCUAUAAAUUCAACAUAUGUUGACAUGGGAGGAAACAGGAUGGACAAUCUGGGAGACCUCUAUGAACUUCUCCGAUACCCAGUUACACAGUAUAUUUUGUUAAGAAAUAAUCGCUUCUCCUACUGCUACAGGUACAACGAUAUAGCAGAAGACAACCAGUUGCUCUACUUGGAUCUUGGAGACAAUAUGUUGAAGCUUGUGUGGGAGAGAAGUUUGUGCUUGGAUGUAUUCAAGGCGUUGUCCAAGCUUCAGGUCCUGCAUCUCAAUAAUAACUACCUUAGUUUCCUUCCAGAGGGCAUCUUUGAUGGCCUGGUAUCACUGAUUAGGCUUAACUUGGCUUCAAACCUCUUAACUUACAUUUCUCACAGUGCUUUUCCUGCGAGCCUCAGGAAACUUGACUUAUCCUCGAACCAGCUGCUUUAUCCAGAUCCUCAGCUCUUUGCAACUCUGGACAAUCUGGAUAUCACCUAUAACAGAUUUUACUGUAAUUGCCUCUUAAGCGACCUAAUUGUGUGGCUGAACCAAACCAAUGUCACCUUAGCUGGGUCACCAGAUGAAAGGUUUUGUUUUGGACCCCCUGAUCUUGCUGGCAAAAGCCUUCAUGAGUUUAAUGUUGAUGAUUGCAAUGAAGACAAGAUAUUGGAGCCUCUGCAGUUGUCGCUCUUCAUUUUUACCACCGUUGCUGUGACAAUGUUCCUAACGGUGGUGAUUGUUUUUGCUCGCUUUAGAGGAACUUGCUUCAUUUGGUAUAAGACUGUGGUAAGAGUAUUCUUGAAGGAGCAACAGCCAGCGUUGGAGGAAGAGACCUAUAGAUACGAUGCCUACAUGUGCUACAGCAGCAAGGAUUUUGAGUGGGUCCAGAACUCCUUGAUAAGGCACCUAGACCUCCAGUAUUCUGAUAAAAACAAAUUUGCUCUCUGCUUUGAAGAGCGAGAUUUCUUGCCAGGAGAGGAUCACAUCACCAACAUUCGUGAUGCCAUUUGGAACUGUAGGAAGACAAUUUGCGUUGUGACAAAGCAGUUUCUCAAGGAUGGCUGGUGCGUCGAAGCUUUUAAUUUUGCUCAGAGUCGGUAUUUUUGUGACCUGAAAGACGUCCUCAUAAUGGUGGUGGCUGGAUCACUUUCGCAAUAUCAGCUGAUGAAGUAUCAACCAGUCAGAGUGUUUUUGCAAAGGGGUCAAUACUUGAGGUGGCCCGAAGACCCCCAAGAUGUGGAGUGGUUUCUAAAUGCACUUUCUCACCAAAUACUGAAGACGAAGGAAGUAAAAAAGAAACAGAAGAAGAAGAAACUCAAGAGGAGGAAAUCAAAGACAUUGGAAAUGAAAGUUAUUACCAUCUCUUAGUUGGCAAUUCUAACUACCAGGCCAUUGAAAUGGCCGCCAGUCAGAGAAAUGUGUCAUGCUGUUCCUUAAACACUGAGCCCUAAUCCCUCUACAUGAGCGAGGCAAAUCCUGCACUGAGAAGGCUGUGUGAGCACUCUGGAGAUCUUUGUGCCAUUUCCUCCUUCACUGCCAAGACUUUCCAAAGAUCAGUAUGCUGCACCUGAUGAAUCUUGCACAUACCAGACUGAAAUUGAAGGAAGUUUGCAUGUUUAUAGUAACAAUUAUGUGAGCUCCAACUGUGUAAGCUUUUGUUGGUUGAAGGAUUGUUAAUCACUGAGUUGCUUAGUUGAGGGGGGGGCGGGAUCUACUACUUUGCCCAUAGACCUGAAAAAAUAUUGCCAAUUGCAUUACUGCCUUAGAGCACAGUGAAGUUCUCAAAGCUCUUUCCUGACCAGUUGUUCACAUCAGCACAGCCUAAUUAGUGUCCAGUCCAUUUCUGUUCGUGUACACACCAGUGGGCAUUCAUGGAACGACGAUGUAUUUACCCUAAAGAAAGGUGUUCACACCUUGGCUAGAGGCGAAUUAGAAAUGGCUCAGGGACUCCAAUCACUGUGAAGCUGAUUUGGAAAACGACGCAUCAAACUAUAGUAUCUUAUAGCAAAAGUACGGGAUACAUAUGCAUGUUGGAUAACAUGAAUAUGCAUUAAAAACCUGGCACUGAAAAGCAGUGUGAGUGCACAGCCUUAAACUGAAACAUGAGAUAGCUAUAUGUUUUCCAUUGUGACUUUUUCAUAUCUUAACAGAGGUGGUUACUCCUGCUUAAGCCUAUCUCCUGCAAAAUAUCAGUAUUGAAUCAGUGAAAGAUGAUGGCCUCUUUGGGCCUUCAUUGCCCAUCAAAUGCGUGGACACCUCCAGUGGGAAAGUGGCAUUGUGGUGGCAAACUCCGCUCCUCACCUAUGUAUGUUCAUUACAAUGUCCAUAGGAAACCCCCCCCCCAUGCAUUGUGGAGUUCAUUUUGAAUCAGGGGUGGAGCCUAGCCUGCCCUGCCCCGCACUGAUGUUUGUCAUUCGUGGGGAAAAGCAACUAAACAACUCUAUAUUAGAACUAUUUUUAUAUGUCAACUACCUCAAGGUUUGAACUGGUUUAGAAAUCAAGUUCAGCACCUCUGUUAGUAUAUAGUGUACAUAAUACAGAUUAAAACAUACAGUGGUUACAAACACCUUGGGUUACAAACACUUCAGGUUACAGACUCCGCUAACCCGGAAGUAGUACCUCGGGUUAAG